AUGGCGGUGGAGAGCAAGUUUGCUAUAUUCUGCGAUCUCACUUCAAUUCGAGGCGUUCAAAGGAUAAGGCGGGCUCAAACACCCUUCAUCAGAAUGAUCUGGUCCAUCUUUGUAUUCUUAAUGACUGGUGCUCUCAUCAUUACAAUCGGCUUCCUCGCAAAAGAUUUUCUAUCCUACACUACAGCUUGGAAUUCUCGGAACUUAAUUGAUGAUAAAACUGAUUUCCCUGCAAUCACAAUCUGUGCUCAUAAUCCUUUCUCACUUGAAGCUAAUCGAAUUUGGGAAAAGGAAUCCAUUCUAACACCAAGUGAAUUUAAUCGUAAACUUAGUGCCUCAGUUCUGGCUUUCGUUCAGAGUGGUAACCCCGACAAAGCCGCAUUAUUACUCCAUGAUACCUCAGAAACAUACUUCGCUAACCUUAAACCGGAAGAAUCGGAACUCCUUGGACAUCAGGCAAAUAUGUUCCCCCACUGUAUGCUUCAAAGUGAUGGAACUAAUAUUGUGGCUGAGAACUGUACAAUCGAAAAUGAUACCGGCUUUAUAAAGCAACGAUUCUCGCACCCGAAAUUCUUCAAUUGCUGGACUAUAGAGACUGCGCCUGGAAAGACAUCGGACGACACAUCCCGUUUAACUCUUUUGCUCAGCCUUGUUCCAUCUAAAGAUAUUAAUGAAAGCAGAAAGAACUUUGUCAUGGAUACAUUCAUGCGUGGUGAAGGUGUAAAGGUAGCCGUGCAUCAAAGUGGAACCUAUCCGGAGAUUGAUAAGGAUGGAAUCAAUUUACAACCGGGUAGAAUGAAUGAGCUCUCCUACAAUACAGAGUACUGGGUUCGCCUUAAAACUCCAAAAAAUCCUUGUGUAGAAAAUGCUUCACCAAUAAUGGACAUGGGUAGGAGUUACUUGUAUCGAUUCACGCAGUGUCUGGAUAGUUAUAUGCAAAAUAUUUCCAUCAAUCAAUGUGGUUGCGUCAACUCUGAAUGGCCAAGACCCAUCAAUCCAAGCCAUGUAAAUACUGAAAUUCCUUACUGUUCAGCAUUACCUGCGAAUACCUCCGAUAAAUCUGCACUUAACAAGAUGGUUGAUCGUUAUAAUUGCAUAUAUCAUCUUAAUGUAAAAGACCUCAAGGAAGAUGCGAUAAAAAAGCGAAUAUGCAUUCCACACUGUUCGUAUUACACGUAUCCCAUCAGUGCUAGUAUUGCCUCAUGGAAUCCAAUUCCGGAGAAACUACAGUUAUACACUGACAAAUUCAAGCGCGUUGAGCGUCUUAUUAAUGAUCCAGACAAUGAGGCUGAACGUGAGCGCUUGAUCAAGUAUCUCAAAUACGUAAUCAAACACGAGGAUGGUGAACACACAAAAUUUAAUACCAGCUCAACUUUGAGAAUUGAGGACUUUCAAAACCAAGCCUAUUACACUUACAUCAGUUUGGUUAGAGCCUCUAAGGAGACCAAAUACUACGAAGAACGUCUCAUCUUUGAUAUAUACAUCUUGAUAUCCCGAAUAGGUGGUCUUUGCUCCAUUUUCAUCGGACUUACUGCAGCCAUUGUUGUGGAAUUGAUUGAAUUUGCUUAUGUUGUAUUUUGGCGACCACAAAUAGACACGUUAAGGGAAGAUGCACGAGUGGAAAGUCACGGAAAUGACCAGGUGCUUCCAUUGAAUAAGGAGCACGCAGUCUCGACUCUACAACCGAGUAACAAUAGUAUUGAAGAUGCGACCCAGAACCAGAGACGAAGUGAUGUUUGA